CCACCGGCUGUGUGUGUGUGUGUGUGUGUGUGUGUGUGUGUGUGUGUGUGCGUGCGCGCGCGCGGAGGGGAUGUCCCUAGGAUUCCGCGUUGGUUCCGAGAGCUCGGGGCGGGGAUCCGCGUGUCCAUCCCAUGCGAGUCUGCGUCGCGAUGCGGCUGCUCCCUCAGCCAGGGGCUCCGACGCCGGGAUUCCCCAGCUCGGCGUGCAGCCACGGGUGGAGUUCCCCGGGAAGGCGCAGGGGUGAGCGGGCGGAGCCCAAGUGCCGGCUUGCAAGCCACUGGCAGUCCGGUCCUGAACAAUACUGGGAGAUGUUGUAGCCGCCUCUCUCAUCUUUUUUCUUUUCGCAGCAGCAUCACAAAAGCUCAGAACGAAACCCAACGCAGCAGAACCCCAAUGCCUCCCAUCUGGUGCACUUCGCCGCCGGGGCAGGAGGAGUAUAGGGUUCCCCAAGAUUAGGGAUGGGGUUUACAGCGGAGGCGCACCUGUAUUAGCGCUCGCUGAAUUCAAACCAAGCGCUGGCUCGCACAAAGUGAACUCGUGUGUGUGUGUGUGUGUGUGUGUGUGUGUGUGUGUGUGUGUGUGUUAUACUUCAGGCCUUCGCACACCUCACGCUCUCAGGGUGUGCUUGGCAAAUAGCACACCUCCGGGCCGGCGUGCCUGUGUUGAGCCGUUUCGGUGGGCUCCCCGCGCACGCUGUGCCAGCUUGCCAGCGUCUCUUUGUUUGGUGUGGCUUCACUCAACCAUUUGCAAAGCAAAUUGAUUUUCGGUUUCGCUCAACCUUGCGCUCUGGGACUUAACGUGGGCCACAGCCUCGAAUGCCCUCGUUACUUGUAAUUGAAUAUAGUUCUUUCCGGCAAGGGGCUAUUUUUAGUGUAGAGAAUAACCACGCAAGCAUGUUGAUCCCCUCCCCCCACGCGCUGUCUUUGACUUUAAGUAGGUGUUUGAUGGAGCGGACGCAUUCACAUCUCGUCGCGCACACGUGCCAGUGUACAAGUGUGCACACAUAUUUCUACACGUAGUUUUCUUUCUACCGCUUAAAAAUGUAUUUUAAAAUUUGAGACCAGGAAUGUAUUGUGUGCUUGUAAAAGGAAAAAAAAAACUUUCCUUUGUUCUUCUGGGAAUCUUCUAUUUUGAGUCAUGGAGUAGGAGUACCAGAAGGUUGCUAUUAGUUCACUCGAAUAAAAGACACUGCCUUCUGAGUCAGAGCUGCCAGGCUGAUAAUUAUUAACAUAUAAAAGCAAACGCACUGUUUAAGGCAAAAGGGGCGGGGCGGGGGCAGGCCCGCCGCAGACAAUGAGCGAGAGUCUUGGCGGACCGCCUGCUGCUCAUUGUUCCGGGACUUGAGGCUGCAGUCUCUGCAGGUCCCUCCUGCACGGUUCAGCUCCUGGCUAGCACCUCGGUCCCUCUGGGGUCCACGAGGUUACUUAGCACUAGUCACCGGACCCCGGGUUGCCAGCCCCAAGUGCAUCCGUCCCUCUGACCAUCAAUUCUCUGCUUUACAGGUCGGCAGCUUCACGACCCUGUGUGUCACAAGCCUUGCGGUGGGCACCGAACACCCCUGGAGCCACAAAGUGGGAUGUUGUUCGGACAGUUGCGCUAAGAGACCCCACACUGGGCCCAGGUCGCUCUAGCUUCUGGCCACCGUCUGAGAGGCGGCGGCGGAGGGGAUGAGCACCGGACGCGCAAAGCGCCUACCGCGAGCUAUCCCUGAGAGUGGACACCAAGCAGGACUCCUCGAAGGACCGCGUGGACCUUUACCUCCCCCGGUACAAGGUGGCUUCUUGUUGUGCCUCGGGUCAGGAUGCUCUGGGCACCUCCCUGCUGCUGAGAUGUUUUGCUUCCAGGCUCUGCCAUCCCCAGCCCGGGUCUCAGGAGGAGACGACUGAGUGGGCCGGGCAUCAGCCCCUCGUUCAGGUGGAUGAAAAGUGCCGGAGGCCUUAUAUGGAAUCAGCGAUCACAUUUUAAGAGCCAUGGACGAAGGGGAUGCGCAGUCUCGGGCCCAACAGCAGCUAGAGGCACCGUCUUCGGUUGGAGCUGUCCAAGAGAAGUGCGAGUCAGAGUCCUUCAGGUCUAAGAGUUUACCGGUCCUGCACAGCGCCUCCUGCCGGCAGAAUUUCAGUGCUGGGAAUGCAGAUGGCAAACUGGCCUUGGGUUGCAAUGAAGCUCCAGGUCGCCAGGAGACGCAUCUAGGACGGAACUUGAUAGUCCCCAGCCCUUCUGCUCCAUCCACUUCGGCAGGCACUACAACGGAACUCAUGGACUGUAACCACAGGAUGGACCCCAGCAAAACUGUGUCAGUAUCUUCCACUUUGGCCACACUCCAGGAGAGAAGGUGUCUCUACGUGGUCCUUACGGAUUCUCGCUGCUUCUUAGUGUGCAUGUGUUUUCUGACUUUCAUCCAGGCGUUAAUGGUCUCUGGGUACCUGAGCAGUGUCAUCACCACCAUCGAAAGGCGCUAUAGCUUGAAGAGUUCUGAGUCAGGGCUGCUGGUCAGCUGCUUUGAUAUAGGAAACCUGGUGGUGGUGGUGUUCGUCAGCUACUUUGGUGGCCGUGGGCGAAGGCCCCUAUGGCUGGCAGUGGGUGGACUUCUUAUUGCCAUCGGGGCUGCGCUCUUCGCUUUACCUCACUUUAUCUCACCCCCCUAUCAAAUCCAAGAGUUGAACGCUUCGGCCUCCAACGAUGGCCUUUGUCAGAAUGGCAACUCCACAGCCAUCUUGGAGCCUCCUCCCUGUCCCAAGGACUCGGGAGGAAAUAGUCACUGGAUCUACGUGGCUUUAUUCGUUUGUGCACAGGUUCUCAUUGGAAUGGGCUCUACACCGAUUUACACCCUGGGACCAACCUAUUUAGAUGACAACGUCAAGAAAGACAAUGCAUCCUUGUACCUAGCCAUCAUGUAUGUCAUGGGAGCACUCGGCCCUGCAGUAGGAUACUUACUAGGUGGGCUACUCAUUGGCUUUUAUGUGGAUCCCAGAAAUCCUGUUCACCUUGACCAGAGUGACCCUCGUUUCAUCGGAAACUGGUGGAGUGGAUUCCUUCUUUGUGCCAUUGCAAUGUUUCUUGUGAUAUUCCCAAUGUUUACUUUUCCAAAAAAGCUUCCACCUCGACACAAGAAAAAGAAAAAAUUUUCUGCCGAUGUCGUUAUCGACGAUGACAUCAUCAAGGAGAAAUCAAACACAAGUGAACAAAUGAACAAAAAAGUUUCUCCAAUGGGCUUUGGAAAGAAUGUCAGAGGUGUCAUCAUUGUCCCCAGUGCCGGUGUUGGUAUUGUCCUGGGAGGCUACAUCAUAAAAAAACUGAAGCUUGGUGCAAGAGAAUCUGCAAAGCUAGCCAUGAUCUGCAGCGGGGUUUCUCUGCUGUGCUUCUCCACCCUGUUCAUUGUUGGCUGUGAAAGCAUUAAUCUAGGAGGCAUAAACAUCCCUUACACAACGGGACCUUCUCUGACCAUGCCUCAUAGGAAUCUGACAGGAAGCUGUAAUGUUAAUUGUGGCUGUAAAAUACACGAAUAUGAGCCAGUCUGUGGAUCAGAUGGGAUCACAUACUUCAACCCAUGUCUGGCUGGCUGCAUUAACAGUGGUAAUCUUACCACUGGGGUCCGAAAUUACACAGAGUGUACCUGUGUCCAAAGCCGACAAGUGAUCACCCCGCCCACAGUGGGGCAGCGCAGCCAGCUCCGAGUGGUCAUCGUCAAAACCUAUCUCAAUGAGAACGGCUAUGCUGUGUCUGGGAAGUGCAAACGCACCUGCAAUACCCUCAUUCCCUUCCUGGUCUUCCUUUUCAUAGUUACCUUCAUCACAGCAUGUGCCCAACCAUCAGCCAUUAUAGUGACUCUCAGGUCUGUGGAAGAUGAGGAAAGGCCCUUCGCGUUGGGAAUGCAGUUUGUUUUGUUGCGAACACUUGCAUACAUUCCUACUCCAAUUUACUUUGGAGCUGUGAUUGACACCACCUGUAUGCUCUGGCAGCAGGAAUGCGGAGUGCAGGGCUCUUGCUGGGAGUACAACGUGACGUCAUUUCGUUUUGUCUACUUUGGCUUGGCGGCUGGCCUCAAAUUUGUUGGCUUUAUUUUUAUUUUCCUGGCCUGGUACUCUAUCAAGUACAAAGAGGACGGAUUGCAGAGGCGGAGGUGCAGGGAAUUCCCACUGAGCACUGUGAGUGAGCAAGUGGGCCAGCCCAGCAAAGCUGAGAAGUACUCCCGGACUACAUCAUGCCCAGCCUUCAGCACCCAGGGGGAAGUCCAUGAAGAAACUGCUCUGCAAAAGGGAUUCCCAUGCACCACACAGACAUAUCCGGGACCUUUCUCAGAAGCAGUAAGUUCCUCUGCAGACCCUGGGCAGGACGAGAGCCCCGAUGCUGCUUUGUAACAUCCCUGCUGAAGCCCGGAGAAGGCAGACAGAUGGAUUUUGUUGGUUGAGUUGAAUACGGCAAGUUGAGAAACACCUGUGCCUUCUUUCUUUUUGUAAACCUCCACAGACAUCAUCCUUAAACCAACAAAACUCAGUAUACACAGCCACUGUUGAUGAGGGCUGGAUACCUCAACAAGACUGACAGCCUUUCCCCUCUUUUCUCCAGGGAGGAGCUUAGCUAGAUCUGUCGUUAUGUCUGCUAGGUUCACUUAAUGUUCCUGCUCCCGUUUGGUAGAAGCCUGAGGUCCAUGGUUAGCCAUGGGAAAGGCUAUGACCACACAUAUCAUUAGCAUACACUCCAGAUAAAGGUGAGCUUGACCAUGACUUUGCAUUUGCAAGUCAGAGCUUUUAGAUUUGAGCACCUACUGUGAGUUCUCCAGCAAAGCACAAUUGAAUUUGCUUCAACUAUGCAAUUUGAUUGGAAAUAGAAAAGUGUGGCAUGUCCCUUUGGCUUUCAGAGAGUAAAGCAGAUAUCUUUUUCAUAAGUGGAAGCUGAAUGUUCCCUAAAGCACUGUUAAUCACAAUUUAAGCCAUAGCAGACUUAUCAAUCAGGUAGAAAAUCUCAAAUGCUUCAAAGAACUGUAUUCUGCAAUGGAAGGAUUUCUUAAGAUAUAUUUUCUCUUAGUCUGUUUACUCCAUCUUAAGGUAGAUCAAGAGGCUGCUGAAUCAUGCACCUGAUAGCUUGAAUAUAUAAACUACAGUAUUCUUCCAUAAGGGGCUUUAAACUAGUGUGCUAAACAGUGUGGCUAGAAACUGUAAUUUGAGAUGCAUAAUAAGGAAGGAAAUGAUGGCCUUGUCAUCUGAGGAAUUCUUUCAGCUCUUAAGGGCCCACUAAAACUAGCUAAGAGUUACGACUACUUUGACAUUCAAAGGAGUUGAUAAAGAAAUUCCCGAGGUAAGAUUGAGGUCCCAACUAGGGAAUUUCACUUAUAUCUUUAACAUACUGGCAAAUCUCCACUGAUUUUUUUUUUUUUUCUGUAUAGAAAGAGGUCAUGGUUGCCUUAGAAAAUGAAUAAUUUAGUCAGAAAAACUGUACCUGGGAUAUGAAAAUGACUGCACAGUAUCCAGAGUUGUCAGCUGAACAUGGAAUAUAAUCAUACUUUAAAUAAUGAAUUGGAACGUAAAGCAAGCUAGUCUACCAUACUGAAUCCUGCACUCUCAAAGCUAGCAUCAUUUCACGGUGCCCUUUGUAUAUGUGUUCUUCUAUCCUUCCUUAAGUGGCUCUGAGACAGGAUAAUUCCCUUCCCAAAGGCACCUUGGGUCCAUUGACAGCAUUAUCUCAGCUUCAUUGCUGCUCAGGAUGCUUAAGACAGAGGCCUCUUGGCAAGCUUUGUGCAUUAAUGGUAACUCAUGGGAUCUGGCUACAAUGGGCCAAGAUGUCCAAUACGCCAUAAAAUUGUGGCCUCUCUGUCAAGAACCUCAUGUCAUGUAAGGCGACCUCAGGAAAUAUUUUUCCAUCUGGAAGAGAGGGGGCUGGCAGACAGGCCAUGAUUCAGACACCUACAUUCUUGGCAGGCCACACAGGUAGAAUUUCCAGUAUUCUUAAUACAGUUCCUGGGUAUAGGAUUGAUUUCCUGUCCAUGUAGGAAACUCACUAGUCAAGUGGUUUUUUGGGGUUUGUGCAGUUUGUGGAGGAGGCAUUCACCCUUAGACUGGGUAAUGUCUAUAAGAGAUGGAGCUAGUGCCUAGGUGAAAAGAACUUUGCUUUGAGUCCUGGGCUUGGCUGCCAUGGAGGUGGGGUCAUGCUUAUCUGUGAUAGAUUGUGAAUGCUGUGUGUCAGAUUUAGACCAGUGUAACAGACAUGAGAGGUUUUCAUAAAGUAGUGAAGAUUAGCCCACAGUGUACUCUUGGGACUUGGUGUCCCUUGUUGGCUUCUGUGGGUGAUUGUCAUCCUUUAGAAGGGAUAGUGAGUGUCCUUUGGCGUUAAUGGUAUGCUGUAUAGGCUGUAGAGAGGUGGUGCUUUCUUAAUUUUUUCUGUGAUAAGAUAUUAUAUGAAGAGAUUUCUGGUGGACUUGGACCUGUUUUGGUACUAAGAUUGAUGGGCUCACCAAGGGUAAUUAGAAAGCUUCAGGUCCCUUUCUCUACCUUGAAUUCAGUCCAGCAAUUGCUGACUGGGCACUGGUUAUGUGUUGAUACCAUUCACUGCUCCAUGAAAUCCUUUGGAAGGCUGAGGUCAGAACUCAAAGACAUUGACCUGGGAUGUGCACUACAGUGUGCAAGUAUUAAAUAUUAAUAUUAAGUAGCAGUGUAUCAUUAACGUGCUGGUGGUGACUGUAGAGUAAGUCCUCAAAGUCCUGAGGGAAUAAAGUCCUGCAUUAUAUAUCAAUUAAAGACUGCUCUCCAGAGGGUUUGGGCUCUGGUAGCAUCAUCUGAAUAUUGCCUAGCCAAUGAGUGGCUAUUUCAUAGGCAGUACCAUUCAACUGUACAUAUAGAAGAGGUCUUCUGUUUCUAGAAAACUGGUUGUUUUACUUGUAGUCGCAGCUCUUAUCAGAAACUUUAAUUGCUUUCUGAGCAUAGUCUUUGAAUUAUUUGUUUUGACAAAAGGGCAAGUUGUUCUUAUAUCAUCUCUAUAAAUUAAUGUGUUGUUUGCCUCUAAUAUCCUAAUGUAAUGUGCAGCUCAUUGACUCCCAAGAGCCUAGGGAGGAAGUAGGGGAGAACCUUCUUUGGAUUUUCUUCCUUAGUAUGAGGUUCUUGUGUCAUGGAGGUGGAGUUUCUAGUUGAAAACACUCAAAAGUCAUUGAGAACACCAUAGGGAUGGUGGGAAAGAGCAUUUGGUGUGGCGACCAUUGGCAGAAUGGUCUCCCAAUGCUCAGCACCCAUGACAUUUCCUGCGUUAGGAGCAUGGAAGCAAUGCUUCCCUUCAGUGCUUCAGGACUGAGCGAGGGACCCUGCAUAUGACAUGUUCUCUCUCCCCGAGCAGCACCCUAGCCUUCUCUGGAAAGGAUUCUUGUUUUGUUUGUUUAAAAAACAGAUAUGAACCCUAGGCUCACAAAGUUAAAGCCAGUUCUUUAGGGUGGCUCAGAGCAGCUGUGACAGGGGCAAGGUGGUAUGUCCACUGUAAAGUAAGUUAGCACCCAUCACUUUUGACAUAUUAUUCUUUUUGAGGUUUUAGAGACAUUCUUCAAAGUAGAGACAUUUCCUUGUAUGAAUACAAGAAACAUAGUACAUAUCUAUGAGAGCCACCCACACUUCCUGGUUAACUAGAUUUUUUCAAAGUAAGUGUUAUUUAUGUAGCCAAGUAUAAUAUUUAAAUCAUUUAUUAUAACUUACCUCAAAUAUUUGUUUAUAAGUUGAGUUUAAUUGUGAACACAUUCAGUUUUGGUAUUAGUUAGGAUCUUAGCAGAAUUUUCUAAAGUGAAAUUUUAUGAAGAAAAGGUUAAUUCUGAUUGGUUGUAUCUGAGCUUUGGGGGUUUCAGGUAUAUUAUUAUUUUUUCUCUUUCCUGUCAGUAGAGUAACAUUUAUGCUAACCUGUAGACAGCCAUGGGUUUUCAGAUUCUUAGUGAAGAUUUAAAAAGAACAUAGAAAAUAUACUCCAAGCCACAGACCCCAUCUGUCACCUCAAGUGACUGUGACGGUUAACUGCAUCUUUGUACUCAGGGAAGCCAGCACCCUCAGGAGUUGGUAGAGUGAGGCUCCCAAAGCUCUCAGAAUCCCAUCCCACCAACCACCCAAAAUUUCUGUUUAUUCCACAGCUCUGGGUCACAGUCUUUAAUGAACUUCUAGCCAGAAAGUGUCUUGUGUGUUUUGUUUUCAAGGCUGCUUUGUAGAACCCUGUGUGCACCAAGGAACAUCACCACAGUGUGGCGGGACCCAAAGCCCCCAUGGGAACUCUCCCAUGAGCUCUGUAGCAAGGCAAGCACUUGCCUAAGGUGCUAGCUGUGUGUGUGUGUGUGUAGUGUGUGUAUGUGUGGGUUGUGUGUGUGUAUGUAUGUGUGUGUAUGUGUGUGUGUCCUAGAGAUCAGAACGUGACAGUAACUUGCUGCAGAGGUACAUGCUGAGGAUUCUAUGUAGUGAUAGAAACCAGAAUGUUGCAAGCCCCAGAAUAGCCUAGAAGCCAAGCACGCUAAUUCUGUUUUCCAGACUUGGGAGCAGUCUAAUGCGGUGUGGAAGGAUGUGGCUGGCAGGUGAGGCUAGUGGCCUGGUGUACCUUAUUUCUCUCUUCUGUCAUCUCAUCUUUACUGGUAGUCCAUGGUCUACUCUACUGUCAAAGGCAAAGAAAUGCUGCUGGCAUUGUCUGUCCCAGACUUCCUGUUGUGUUUCAACCAGAUUUGUGUUUGUCUGAAGAGGUUUAAUUUAAGCAGUUCAUUUGUACUCAGCCUUAAGAAGGGUCAAAUGUGACCAGGAGCUCACCUUAUUGCUGUUGGCUCUGGCAACAUUAAAUAUAAAAUGCCUUGGUGCUAAAGUAUUUGUAGAGGCAUGUUCCUCUUUGAAGUCAGUGUUUCAGAGCUUUGGGUUUGGAAACCUGGGGAUUCUCCCGAGAGAACAAGCCCCUCCCCCACCUCAUUUCCACAGUCCAGAAACUCUAUUCUGCAAAUCUGAGAAGUAUACAGGAGAAUCCUUUUCUAUGCAAGAGUCAGUGCUUUUGAUAUUUAGUUUAUCAAGAAUAAGGAGAUGCUAAAAAUAAUUUCAGAGAUAAAAACAUAUUUAGAUAAUCUUAUAUCUUCUGCAGAAAGUUUCACGCCCUGCGAGCUGCCCUUUAGCAUUGGAUUCGACACUGUUGUCCUUGACUGGCAGUCUACUCUAUAUGUAGAAAGUGAAGAAGUUAAUGUUAUUGAAAAUGAAAAUAAUGGUAAGGAUAUAUUAAACUAAACUGAGGAGUAAGACUCGACGGUGGGCAGUUGUCUUCAGCUAUAUACCUCUACCCCAAACCCAAAUGUUAAUCUAGGAGCAUGAAGCCCAAGGCCAGCCUUUAACUUUGUAGUGUAAGGAAAUGUGAAACUGUGUCAAACUGGUAUUAGGAUAUCUGUGAAGUGUGUGUGUGUGUGUGUGUGUGUCUUUCUGCCUGUCCUGUGUGUCUAUGUACUUCUCUGUAGAGGCAUGUUUGUGAUGAAAGGCUGCUUUGAGUUAUAAUGUAGAGUUUGAUUUUUGUGGUUUUUAGAACAAACAUUUAUUUGGAGACCUGGUAUGGUAUGGAGGGCCGUAUGACUUAUUUCUUUAUGUUUAAUGAAACUGAUUGUCAAAGGACUAAUAAACCUGGGUUUACAACAUCAUGAAUACUUGAUCAUUGAAAAUUAAGAAAAAUAAGUUGAAAAAAAAAUAAAGUGUGUUGGAUUGAAA